AUGUCUAAUCCCGUCUCUCCCCUUUGGCGUGCAUUCGCCGACGCUCAAGGGACGACCUUAUCAUUGGAGACGCUGGAAUCCUCCCUUAUGGUGGUCCAACACGUACCAAACCUCACGGAUGGCUGGACUAAAGAAGACGACGCACACGUUUUCUGUGAAUCGGGCACUGGAUUCUCUUUACCUCUCCUUCGAAUUCCUCCACCACAUCCGGCUCUCGAAGUGUUCAAUGCACAGAAACUCAUCCACGAGGUCCUGAAAGGGACUGAUGCAGAAGAAUUAUUGUACUUCCAACAUCCCGGCGAGCAAACGGAGUCGUCCCAGACGGGCAGUUUGAGUUUACAUGCCAGCUGGGAGCUGGGAAACCUACUUGCCUGGGAUAACCCAGGCUAUCUUUAUGAGGGCAAGUUGAUCACAUAUCUGCUUGCAAAAUGUCGUGAAAAGAACGGUACUGGGUUUGAAGUCUUACGCGGGACUGAAAUUAUGCCUACAGUUCUCAAGGUUCAAAAACAUAAAAACGUCUCCCCACAUACCUGGACUAAUAAACCGGACCACAAUGUCUCAACUGACCAAGGCCUUCCCACCAUCACCAUAGAAAUCGAUUCGUCGUCCUGUUGUCAGAAGGACAGGAUACGCGAUUAUUGCCAUGCCCAACACAGGAUCUGUUGGCUGUAUUCUGCAGCUGACACUGAAAUGAGACGGGCACUCAUCAGGGACCUGGUAACAGUAUCUGUUUGGGUUUUAAAACCUGACUCGUACCAGUCGAAAUCCAAAACCAUCAAAACCCCAGGAGACUAUAGGACGUAUCAUUCACGAGCCGCCCUAUUUUGCUUUGACUCCAAUCAAGACCCGGAGCACUUUCCACCCAAGGUCAGAGUUUAUGAAUGGCAGCUAUAUGGUUUAGGGGGGAAAGUCAAACUUUGUCAAAUCCUGAACUAUGCGAUGGAGAAGACAACAAGAUUGGAGAACCCAGUGUUUGUGAAACACUGCGGUAUUCUAGAUAAGCAAGGAGCUGAGCUGAUGGAUGAUUUCGAAUCUCAAAUGAAGAAAGAGUACAAGCAAACUAGCAAGAGGAAACGGAUGGACGACAUCAGUGGGGACAAGAGAGAUGAUGACAACGGCGACGACGAUGACGAUGACAACGGCGACAAUGGUGACCAUGACCCUGGCAAGAAGCCUAGAACUGUCCAAUGUGAACCAAAUCAAAAUAUUGGACCCUCGGGAUCUGAUACCCAAAACUCCCAAACUCGAAACGCUGGAGGGGUCAUGCUUACCUCAUCUUCCGAGCAAGCCAGAGGGCAUGCAACUCGCUCAUUCCUUUCUGAGCAACCUAUCACUCUUUCCAGAUCCAGGUCAUUACCAGUAACACUGGAGAUGAUGGAAAAGGUUUACAACAUUUUUCAUCUAUCUGCUCCUUUCCCCCCUAAUAGCCAUGGGAGGCCUUUCUCGUUUGCGGACUGGUAUACCAGGGACGAAGAAUUCAACUCCCCUCAUGACGUGGUUGAGGUUGGCAAACCGCAUCCUGUCACCCCUGGCAUUCUCACCAGUGCCCACACCCUCCCUGGACAAUUGGGCAGCGCAGAUAGUGACGAUGUUUUCGAUCUGAAAGAACGAUUCAAGAUUAUAGAGGGGGGGACUGACGCAGACCUUCCAGAAACCAAACACGACGAGGAUGAGGAUGAGGAUGAGGAUGAGGAUGAGGAUAAGGACGACAAGGACGACAAGGAUGAGGACGAGGAUGAGGAUGCGGAUGAGGACGACGACAAUGACGAUGAUGAGGAGGACGACUAUGGGAUCGGUGGCGUCCGAAUCCGAAGGUUUUGGGUGCCAAGUGAACGAAAACUCCGACAUUACUACUCCAAAAUCUAUGCAGCUCAUGCUAAACCCGACUGUCCUAAAACGCUCUACAUCGCUGGACGGUAUGAGUGCAGGGAGUUCGCUACUGUCAAGAAGGUGGAUACAGACAUUGCGGAAACUCUGAUAAGACUUCAAUCUGUCAAGGGUGUCCCAAUCAUCAUUUCGGCUCACGACUCACCAGACCCUGGGCAUAAAGUCCUAAUCAUGAAGUACCCAGGUGACAACGUAGUGUCUGUGAUAUACUCACGAUCUCAGGAUGAUGAGUCUAUCCUCCGAAGAGUAGCCACAAGCUUCCUCAAAGGCGUCCAGGCACUGUUGCGGAAACGACACACACCCUCCAAUCUCACCAUCGCUAACCUUCAUGUUCAAGAAUUCGACAAAGAUCUGCCAGUGACUCUUAGUAGCCCUGGAGAGGAAAUUUAUCGGACACAGUCGAACUGCGACAUUCAGCGGGAUGUAGCAGGAGUGCUCCUAGCAUUGGUGAGAUAUGACUUGUCAUCUUCGUCCGGGGCGACAGAAGUCGAAACCAUGGCUCUGAACUUACUUAACGGUGAGCUCAGCGUCAAAGACGCCUCGUUUGAUCAGGUUUAG